AUGAGUGGUAAUAAACCCCUUAAAAACCAUAUAAUUGAAGAGAAAAGUCUGAAAGUUUCUGUCAAUUUUAAAGCAACUAAGCCAUCCAGAACUGUAGAAAAGUUGGAAGAAGCUAGAAAAAUCGCUACUGUACUAUAGGAAAAGCAAAAAUCAGGUACAGAGUUGAAAGCAAGUCUUAUCAGACAGGAUCAGAAAUUGAUUGCAUUUCGCAGGAUAACUGGAAAUAAGACACGUCUAUUUUAA